AUGUUUCGAAAUAAGCUUCGACAGACCAUUCGUACUGUCGCGUCUGCCACGAGCAGGAACACUAUUGCUCCCUCCGGAGCUAUUUCUGCUGUGCGUAUCUUCUGGGAGCUAAAUCGGCAGGCUGAGGAUGCAAAUAUAGAACCAAGUGAUGACUGGAGCUGUACUGCUCAUCGUGCAGCGCAGCAGUUGCGCGGUUGCAGUGCUGGUGUAGAGCCCAGUCCUGCCGCCGCUCGGGUUCACACUCCUGCUCUGGCUCCACGUAGUAAAUUCGGUCAAAUGACUAUAGAGGAGAGAAAGGUUGUGGCAUUGGAGGCUAUCGCCGAGGCUACUCGACUCUGGGUUAAGCUCAAUAAGUCCAGCGAAGAAAGUAAGACUGACGAGGGGAGCGGAUGCAGAUGA